CAUGACUGCAGUCUCGGGGAACAAGAGGCCCGAUCAUAUUUCUGCAGGGUACAGCCAGCCACCCUUGACUUUGAAAGUGGUAGAUCAGAGCCCAUUACUCCCCGUACCAUCCCAGGUGGUGUCAGCCGCGAAGAAUACGCCACUCAUCAACGGGAUGUCAUUAUGGCCAUGUUCGGUAUCAGCCAUACAAAAGAUACCCCAGUGGGUGAUGACUUUAUGCGUGGAGUGAGUGGCGGCGAAAGAAAACGGGUUACUAUUGCUGAGGCAGCCCUCAGUUACGCGCCCUUGCAAUGCUGGGAUAACAGUACGCGAGGUUUAGAUACUGCGAAUGCAAUCGAGUUCUGCAAGACUCUGCGACUGCAAGGCGACAUCUACAGCACGACCUCCUGCGUUGCGAUUUACCAGGCUCCGCAGGCUGCCUACGAGCUUUUUCACAAAGUGAUCGUUCUCUAUGACGGCCGUCAGAUUUUUUUCGGUCAAGCCUCCGAGGCAAAAGCCUACUUCGAGGCUCUCGGGUUCGAGUCCCCUAGCUCUCAAACGAUCCCGGACUUUUUGACUUCUAUGACGUGUCCUACGGAAAGGAUCGUCAAAGCAGGCUUUGAGCACCUGGUACCACGAACGGCUGAUGAGUUCGCUCAACGAUGGAGAUAUAGCCCUGAGUGCAAGGACUUAUUAAAGCAGAUCGACCAAUAUAUAGAGGAUCAUCCGUUUGAUGAUACCAAUAUGCGUAACUUUGCCGAAGCGAGGAAAUGCGAAAAGUCAAGCAAACAACGGGAAAGGUCCCCUUAUACGCUCUCUUACUGGCGACAGAUUCAACUCUGUAUGUGGAGAGAGUUCCAUCGCAUCAAGGCCAAUCCAGCUGUGAGUAUAUUUACCAUCCUGGUAAAUCUGAUCCAAAAUAUCAUUAUCGGCAGUGUCUUCUUUAACCUGAAGGCAGAGACUGCGUCAUUCACGGAACGCGGGGCCCUUAUGUUCAUGAUGAUUGUCUUAAGUGCCCUUUCAAGCGUGCUAGAGAUCAUGGCCCUCUACGAUAAACGAAGUAUCGUGGAAAAACAUAGCCGCUACGCCUUGUACCAUCCAAGUGCGGAGGCAAUCGCGUCAUCGAUCAUGGAUCUCCCAAGCAAGCUUGUUAUGUGCAUCUGCUCCAAUAUUGCUGUCUACUUCAUGGCAGGUCUUCGUCGGACACCCGGGGCAUUUUUCUUUUACCUGCUCAUGGCAUUUACCUCUAUGAUGUGCAUGUCCAUGUUCUUUCGGUUUUUCGCCUCUAUGACUAAGACUGUCUCGCAAGCAACAGCUCCAGUAUCUAUCAUCAAUAUGGCGCUCUCCCUGUACACAGGGUUUACACUUCCGGUUCCCUAUAUUCUAGGCUGGGCGAGGUGGAUCUAUUACAUUAACCCGAUUGCGUACGCGUUCGAGGCAAUCCUGGUUAACGAGCUCCAUAACCGAGACUUCCCAUGCUCGAACUUUGUUCCCUCAGGACCCGGCUACGAAAACGUGGAUCCCUUGGGACGUAGCUGUUCUACCGUUGGUGCGGUCCCAGGGUCAUCUAAUGUCAACGGAGAUGAUUUCCUCGAACAGUCCUACAGAUUCUCUUGGGAUAAACGCUGGAGAGACUUCGGUAUCCUGCUUGCCUUCACGGUCUUCUUCACCAUACUUUAUCUGGUUGGCUCAGAACUGGUGACAGCAGAGCGAUCUAAAGGCGAGGUCCUGGUUUUCCGCCGGAGCCAGAUGCACAACAACCGGCUCAAGAGGCAACAAACGGAUGAGGAACAGACCAAGCCCGGGAAACCCUCUAGUGAGAAAUCUGAAACGUCUGGUGAGCAACUCUCUCAAGUGGAGAAGCAGACUGCGGUUUUCCACUGGCAAAACGUCUGCUACGACAUCACCGCCAACGGGGAACAGAAGCGGUUGCUUGAUAAUGUGGAUGGAUGGAUUAAACCAGGUUCUCUGACGGCAUUGAUGGGUGUUUCCGGUGCAGGGAAGACAACUCUUCUCAAUGUCCUUGCAAGUCGCACGACAACAGGAGUUAUUACCGGGGGCAUACUCGUCGAUGGUCACCAACGCGAUAGCUCAUUCCAACGGAAGACAGGCUAUGUCCAACAGCAAGAUCUCCAUAUAUCAACCUCUACCGUGCGUGAAGCUCUCGAAUUCAGUGCCCUCCUCCGCCAGCCAAGCCAUUACACCCGCCGGCAAAGAUUAGACUAUGUUGAUACCGUUAUUAGUCUCUUGGGUAUGGAGGAGUACGCGGAUGCUGUCGUCGGUAUACCAGGAUCAGGUCUUAAUAUCGAACAACGAAAGCGCCUUACUAUUGGUGUUGAGCUUGCCGCGCGACCAAAGCUACUCCUUUUCUUAGAUGAACCGACGUCUGGCUUAGACAGUCAGACUUCAUGGUCUAUUUGCAAUCUCAUGGAGAAGUUGGCUAAUAAUGGGCAAGCGAUUCUCUGCACUAUUCACCAACCGUCGGCCAUGUUGUUCCAGCGGUUUAGCCGGCUGCUCCUUCUAGCUCGUGGCGGAAAGACCGUCUAUUUCGGGGCGAUCGGACGAGACUCCAACGUGCUCAUUGACUAUUUUGCCCGUAACGGAGGCGCUCCCUGUCCCCCCGGUACUAAUCCUGCCGAGUAUAUGCUAGAAGUCAUCGGCGCGGCCCCUGGGGUGAAGUCCGAUAUUGACUGGCCCGCUGUUUGGCGGGGUACUGAAGAGUAUCGCGAAGUUCAUCGCGAACUCGACAGGCUCAGGGAACUUGCCGAUCAUGCCCCCAACAUGGUAGACCCGGGUGGUCAGCCUGAAUCGGACUACGAGGAGUUUGCUGUCCCCUUCAUAACGCAGACCCACCUCGUUACUAUCCGAGUUUUCCAGCAAAUGUGGCGCACACCAUCAUAUAUUUACUCAAAGCUACUACUCUGCCUUGGUUGUGCUCUCCUUCUAGGCUUCUCAUUCUUCAAUAGCCCCAACACUACUCAGGGCCUGCAAAAUCAGAUGUUUGGGGUUUUCCUCUUUCUCUUCAUUUACAUCCAGAUCAUCCAGCAGAUGAUGCCCAUGUUUGUUAAGCAGCGAACCCUCUACGAAGCCCGAGAACGUCAGUCAAAGACAUAUUGCUGGCAGUCCUUCAUCUUGUCCAAUCUAUUGGUUGAGCUAGCCUGGAAUACGCUCAUGGCCAUCCUUUCUUUCCUAGUCUGGUUCUAUCCUAUGGGGGUAUGGCAAAACGCGCUCUACACCGACACCCUGAAUUCACGCAGCAUGUUAGCCUUUCUUGUCGUAUGGGAGGGCUUUCUCUACGCCACCUCGCUGUCGUACUUGUUCAUUGCCGGCAUGGACAGCGAUCAAUCCGCUGGCGGUCUGUCCAUGCUGGCCAACAUGAUCGGAUUCCUUUUCUGCGGCAUUCUGGCCGGCCCAGAUACCCUACCCCGGUUCUGGAUCUUCAUGUACCGCACCACUCCCUUCACCUAUCUCGUCAACAGCUUCCUGACCACUGCGUUGGCCGAGGCACCCAUGCACUGCGCCGCCAACGAACUGCUCUCCUUUGCCGCCCCGCAGAAUCAAACAUGUGCCCAGUACAUGGCGCUCUACAUGCAGAAUGCUGGCGGGUACCUCGUCAACCCGGAUACCAGGGGCGGUAGCAGUGAGAACUGUCACUUCUGCGCCCUGGAUAACACCACCCAGUUCCUCAAAAGCGUCAAUAUGACCUUUGACAACCGCUGGCGCGACCUGGGCAUCUUGUGGGCUUAUAUUAUAUUCAAUACCGCUGGGGCGAUCUUCUUUUACUGGCUUGUGCGUGUGCCCAAGGGGAAGAAGAUGAAAUCAUCCUAG